GUCUACUUCGUGUUUCCAUUCAGCGGCCAUUCAGCUGUCUUAGAAACUAGAGGUAAAAGGUCUUUAGAAUCUUGAGGUGAACCCCAAACUCAAAAAGAAAAAUAUCGACGGGCGAUCUGUCAUUUGUCGUUAUAUGUAAGUUGCUGUUUAAUCGUGAAGAUGAAAAUCUUCAAUCAGUGAUUCAAAUGAGCACACGAAUAAGUCAGUUAUGAACGGGACGAUAGCAGGAGAGCGAGACGUUCAAGAGAUUAUUUCGAAAUCAAGGGCAGAAUUUGAGAGACGGCGAUGGAUUCUUAUUACCAAUGUACCAGAUAAUGUUGACUUAGAGGUACGUAAAUCGAUUUUAACGAUAGUAAAUAACUGUAGUCACCCUUCAGCCUGGAAUCCAAUAUCCUGGAUUUGGUUUGAUCAUAAGCUUACCUUAAGUCCAUUAUUUUGCACUAUAUAUCUCAAUUCCCCAAGGAAACCCUCGUUAAUCAUGAUCAAAUCGCCAAAGUUUCCUUGAACAUUGUGAUGAUUUCGAUAGAGUUCUCUCCAGUAGCCUUAUCCACAAAAGUUCUUAGUAUAAUAGAAGCUUCUAAAUAGCUUUAAUAGUGCUGUCUGCUUUUUGAAUCGCCUUCUCCUCCACCAAUGCACUAGGCAGCUGAAAUGAACAAUGUGAUGUUCCUUGGCCUGCCUUGAGAACUGGGGUUGACGGGGAUAGAGGAGAACUCGAAGGGGGAGAGGUGUCAUGGACUGGGAGAUAAAAAAUUGGAGUCAAAUUUUCUCACCAUUGAGAUGGUGUUUAAUAAACUCAAAAAUGCUCUGCUCCUUUGGAGCAAACACCAAUAGAUAGGUGAAUUAUGAGUGUAUGUGGACAUGUUUCUGCGGGGAGGGGGGUAGGUGGGUGGUUAGGGGUUGCAGUGCUGCAUAACUUUGGCUCCCAUGUGACUAGAAAAUCUUGUUGUUGUCGUUGUUUUUUUUUUUCUUAGAAAUCAUGUGCAGGGAACCCUGGAUUACCCGAGUUAACCCUUUAAGUCCCAAUGGUGACCAACAUCAAUAUUCUCCUAACAAUAUCCAUACAUUGUUAAGAGAUUAGGUUAUAAGAAUUAAUAAAAUGAUCACCAAAGAGAAAAUACCUUGAUCUUUUAUCAAAUCCUCUUAACUCAUUCUUUAGGGAAAUGUAUGGAGACAGAUUAGAGAAUUUGUAUGUGGAUAUUGGGACUUGAAGGGUUAACAGCACUGAGCUCCCUUUAAGUUUUCUUAGAGCAUAGCCAUAUAUAGUCCGCCCUAACCGUAACAGGCAUUAUUUGUUACAGCAUGUUAUGACCCCCCUGCAUAUUGCAUCUCCUAGGGUGCUAACCAUUAAUUUUUUUGCACAUAGGAUUUACGAGAAAAUUUCCUUCAUGGUUUUGAUAUCAUUGAUCUUAGAAUUGAAAAGAAUUCAGGUAAGUUUUAUUGGUGCCAGAAGUAAUGUGUUAGUUCACUAUUCAUGUAUGGCUCUAGUUUUUACUUUAUAACUGAGGAUGUGCCCAACUUUGGAAUAUGGUAGAGUUAAAAAAAAACGUGCAGAUGACCCUUCACGUGGAACUGGUGUAGUUCAAAUGGAAUUAGUUUGAUUUUCAUUGUCGCCUUGAUCAUUAUGAAUUUCCUUUUAUGAUCAUGGGCAAUUUUUUACAUGAUAAAGAAAAGUAAGAAGCAAACUUCGGAUAGGUUGACACCAUUUUAACCCAUUCACUCCUGGAGAUUUUGCCGAAAAAUGCGUUUUGAAGCUAGUCAAGUGGUUUUCUCGUCACUGUCAUGCUAUAAAGAGCUAAAACUUACCACAAAACCGUUGACAGGUCGUGCACUUCACGGCCUUCCAAUCCAGAUGCAAAAUAUGAGCUUACGAAGUUCAGGCAUACACAGAAAGCAAAAUUUGGUUUUAAAAGUGACACAGCAGUCUUGACUUUUACUUUUCUCUUUCUCUCCUCCCCUUUUUUUUUGCUUUUCUUGUCUCAUUUGUUUUUUCUCUUGCUGCAGGGCUCAAAGUUUAAAUUUGAGUUUGGGACCACUUGUGCUACCAGAUGUAAAUUUUUAGGCGCACUGCCGAAAUUUUAGGCGCACAGCUGAAAAUUUUAGGAACACAGCUUAUAAUGUUGGGAGCAUCUAUUUCAAAAGAAAAAGUAAAGUUUAUUUGUCAUCUUCAGUUUGUCACUUUUACUUCAGUCCUAUGAUUGAUAAAACACAGCCGAUUUGCUACGCAGUAAUACCGUUGUGAUUUUUAAUACUAAUUUCUCUAUUUGACAGUACAGUUGUGACUAAAGAAAACUUACACUUGAAAAACAAUUCAGAACUGACAACAAUGAGUGUGUCAAACGAGAAUGAAAAUUAAUCUUUAAUGAAUUUGUUAAAUGCGCAAUGACUUACAUGUAACUGAAAUACGAAAUAAAAAACUUUCUUACCUGAAAAAAAGGCUCUUAAUUCGCACUGUUUUUGUUUUGAUUGACGUUAAAACUGAACGUUCGACAUGGUCGUCCAUUGCGCAAAAAGUACGUGCUUCGUUCGUACCAUAUAUUUGCAUGUGUCAGCGGUGUUUAUUACAAAACAGAAGAGUCUGGGAUGGAGUAAAACAUCGAAACGAAAAAGAACGUUUGAGUUUGUAGAAUCCAUUGAGAGAAAAGACCAAUUAAACAUACACCGUCUUUCUAGUUCGAGUUCGUAAGUGUAGUCGGAAGUAAGUCAGUCGCACUGUGCUUUGGGUUUUACGGCGCACAGGUGCGAUUGUACAUGAAUUUUUAGGCGCACAACCAAAAAUCCAGUCGCAUAUGCGACCAGUUAGUCGCUAACUUUGAGCCCUGUGCUGGGCGUUUAGUAGGCUUCAUUUUGGUGGGAAAAGGUUUUAAGAAAGCUUUCAGGAACUUAGGAUUAGGUGAAAGGAAAGGUAGGUGGGCAGUGAAGCAAGAUUUUCAUGGAAAUUUUCAGGUCAAUGUUACAUGGCUUUUUGCCUUUUUCUCUGGUAUCCUUGACUGAAUUGUGCUCAAUCUGGUAUGCUUUGAAAGAUCUCUUCACUCUGCACAAAUUAGCGGACAAAGUUGUCCUUGACCAUUAAAACUGAUGACGUCACAGGCGGUAGAAAGGACGUGGAUCCACACGAGCGGUUAUGGGCGGCUCAGGGGCGAAUGGGUGAACCUUUAAAAUUUCCUUUUGAACUACAACAGGACCACUUACCAAAAUUACAACAUUUCCAAGUCACUGAGGCUGGAACCAUUUAAAAGUGACUGCCAAGUUUAGGUAUUUUUGGAAGUCACAUGAUAUAAUAAUUUUGAGUAUUUGAGAGCAUCAUGUCAUAUUCUUGCAGCAUUUGUUCUUCUUGAAACAUCUGAUCAAGCUCUCAAUGCCAUAAACAUUCUCAAUGGACAAAGUUAUCAUGGAUUCGUUGUUGGUGUGUGCCUUGCUCCCCCUAACAGCCUCCUCUUUGUCGGCAAUCUACCAUUUGAAUUCACAGAGGAGCAGUUUCGGAACUUAAUGAGUCCAUUUGGGCCAAUAGAGAGGUUGUUGCUAGUACGUAGCAUGUUCACUGGAGAAAGUAAAGGUUAUGGCUUUGUAGACUACAUCAACCGAGAGUCAGCAAUGCAAGCAAAACAACAGCUUAUGAGUAAAGGAUCAAAAUAUGUGGGAGGACGGAUAUUGAGAGUUGAUUUUGCUGAAGCUAAUCUCCUGACAUACGAAGACUUGCAUUCAAAAACAUUGUUUGUGGACAGACUCCCUCGGGACUUUACCAAUGCAGAUAUGUUGAGAGAAUUGUUCAGUCAGAGUGGAACAGUUACAUUUGCUCAGGUGUGUGUGAAUCUAUGUACACGAUUCCUGUAGGGCCUAACAUUUUAAUUGACUUUGCCAGUGAAUGCAUCAUGUGUCAGAGUAGAAAUGCAUUAUCUUGUACAAUUUCUGUACAUAGAUCUUUGAUCUUCAUCUGUUGAAUUAAUAUGUUAGGUUGCUGUUAACAACCAAACGGGUGUGUCACGAGGAUUUGCAUUUGUUGAUUAUGUGACGGCAGAAGAAGCAGAGAGAGGACAGAAGUCUCAUAAUGGUGCUCUGCUAGAGGAUUCAAAUAUCCGUGUGGCUUAUGGUACUCCAGGUAGAACUGGCGCAAGCAUACUAGGUGGUCAUCAUGGCGCAAGUAUGGUAUGAACAAACAUCUGAAUCAUGCAUAGAUUUUACUAUCAUGCUUGUGUUUCUCUCGGCUCGUUCUUGAAUGUGUCUCAUUGAUCGAAUACAGUGCUGCUCAUUUUAGUGUAACUGAACUGAACUGUAUGUUAUUAAUUUUUAUUGGGUGCAUCUUCCAAAAAGGGGUAGAGUAUAGCAGGAUUGUUUUUUUAUUCUACAGUAGGUUUUAUUUUAUUUCAUUUUAUUUUAUUUCAACUGUUGGUACCUUUGGUAAUUAUUGGCAGAUAACAGGACCAGUGUGAAGUCAAUUACCAUGUGCCUGAAGCAGUCCUUGCAACUGAUUUUCCAUGCUUCAGGAAUUACAUGUACUAUAUGGCAAAUGAUUCAAAACAACAGCAAUGUUGAAAUAAUUCGAAAUGAGUGGGCCAGAGAACAUUACUGCAUGGAUACCUUCAAGUUUCUUUUAUGUCUAUUUAAUUUUAGGGAAGCCAAGGUCCUCGCCCAAGAGGUCCUUUUUCAAAUGUGCCUCAAGGCGCCGAUGUGAUGGGUCCUAGAGGACCACCCCCUCUUAUGGCACCACGUCCCCUCAUGGGAGCAGAGCUGUGGCAGCAAAUGCCGAGAGGCCCUUUUGGAAAAUCACCCAGACCACUUAUCAGACCUGGGGCUGCGGUAAGGGUUAGUGUACAAUGGGUAGUUGUUUAUUAGCUUGAUUUGCUUUUAUUUGCCUUUAGCAACAGUUGUACCUACAAUGCUUUUGUUUAUAAAUUUAUGGAUUUAUAUGUAAGAUUAUGGCAAUAUCAAAUUCUAAAAAAAUUAUUUUAUUUUUCUUUCGAUGACAUGCGAAUAAAGCAGAAAGCUUCUACACACUUCUUGUAGUUAUCGCCCACAGUUCUCAGCUCUUUUAGUAAAAAAGUAAUGUUUGAAAUGAAACUUAUUAUUUUGUUUGAGGCAAGAACUGUCAAAAGGAGACAAUAAUGUUAUGGUCAAGACUUCCCAAUGAAGUAUUCUUUUCUCUCAGACCAGAUGAGAAUUAACCCGCAAAAGCACAUAAUUAGUUUGGUUGUAAAUGUUUCAAAAGCAGGAAAAUAUACUUUUUACAGGUGAGAACUGUGGUGUAGUGCAAAUUAACUUGGAUAGGUCAUGUGCAGACAGUGAUUUUGUUUCUAAAUAAACAUGUACAGUGUAUUUUUAUUUGCAGGGUCCAAGGCCCAUGAUGGGUAGAGCAAGAGGGCCCUCCACAGGUGGACCAAGGCAUGCUCUGCUUGGUCAUGGACCCAGGCCCCUUCUGGGGAGGCCUGUGGGCCCCAGACCAUUGAUGAGACCUGCAGGUACAGUCGAUCAUGGAAACUUUGUGACAACAAGUGCAUAGUCAUUUUGUUGUAUCAAAGUACAUUAUUCUCAUACCCAGGGCUGUCAUUAAGAGGUGGGGGCCAGGGAUUUCCCCCAGCUACUAUAAAAUUUAAUGUGACCCCUGGCUACUUUUAUUGGAAAAUAGAAGAAAAAUAGAACCAAAAGUAACCCCUAGCUGUUUAAUUCCCCAGCUACUUGUUGUUUUUACCCAGCAACUUGGAACUCUUGGUGACAACCCUGCAUGCCAUCUAUUGCCAUCUAUCAUAAAAAUUUCUUUUGAUACAUGUACAUGUACCCUUAGGAAGAUUAUGGUUUAAAAUUUAGAAUUUUUUCUUAGGCAAUCAUUUCCUUUAUUUUCAAAUUACAUGGCAAUAUUAUUAUUUUUAUGUAACAAUCAAGGCCGCACUCUAUGAAGACAAAUUCUAAGGGAGCCAAGUUCCCUGAACUGGGAAAUUCUAGGGUACCCAGGACAUAGUUUUUAUGAAAAAGAACUGUGAUUCGCUGAGAUCUUCCAGAAGUUAGGUGCAAAAGGGCCACCAUGUCCUGAUAAUAAUUAUACUUUUUUGUUCAGGUCCUAGAGGCUUUGUUGGUAUGAGUGUAGGAGGCCCCCCUGGCAGACCAAUGGGACCAAGGGGUGCCAUAACCCAGCCACCACGACCAUUGAUGGACUUUGGAGAUCAGGCAGUGUUCUCCUCUCCUGACCAGAUGCAGGUAUGUAUCAUACCAACUACACGUAUAUAAAAAAAUGAAGAAGUGAUCGUCGCAGUGAACGCAGGUUAUGCAAUUGCGUGAAGAAGCCUGAAAAAAAUUCAGGACUUCAACGGGGUUUGAACCCGUGACCUUGCGAGACCGGUGCAAUGCUCUACCAACUGAGCUAUGAAGCCACUGACGUUUCUUUCACGUAUAAACUUGCAAAAAGGCUGGAGAAAAUGCAACUUGUAGUUGGCCCUAAAUGGUUUUCUCUUCGAGACUGCAGAAGAUUCAUGCCUCUCCUACCCUUUUUUAUUAAAUCCUCUACUGUAUAUUUUUCAAAACAACGCCUUUUUUCUCUUUAACUAGGCAGUUCCGGCUGUUGCCGAACCUCCUCAGCAGUAUGUAGGUGACUCACUACCCACCUUGAUGGGUGAACCAGUCAAUUCCUUCCCUCUUGCAUCCGAUCCAGCAGCAUUUGGUCAGACAGUUCAAACAGCCAUUGCUCAGCCACAGGAGGCAUUUGUGCAACCAGCUCCACAACAGGGAAUGAUGGUCCCUUCUCAACCUCAGCCUGGUACUAGACCAGCUGUCCCUCAAAUGGUGGGUGUGGCAAAAUUGUAGUUAAUUCUUUCAGUCCAAGAGAUAGAGAGAUAGAGAGGGGGGGGCAGAGUAGUAACAAGGUAAAAAGUACAAUUUAUUGCUUUCCCAACACUUUUGACCAAGAUUGUAGUUCAUUUAUCAUUGAGAAAUAACACCCCUUCAAAUUAGAAGUAAUUUCGCAUGGUUAUAAAUACUAUUUGUUUGGCAGGUAGUUGUAACUUUCAAGGCUGUGGACAAAGUUUUGAAGGAUGACAAAUUCUAAACAGAACUUUCACAUGCUACCAUAUGUUUCGUUUACAUUUCUAAAUUUUGAGUCCAUGGGGAACUAUCCUAAUGUGUGAGCAUUGACAAAACCUCUUAAGCUAUAAUUUUAAAUCAUUGAUGAAAUAGAAAUAAUUUUUUUAAAAGGAUGUUUGUCUUUCUCUUGAAAACCAGGUUCAAGUGCAGCCAAUUCCUGGUACACAACCUGUCGCCACUGGUACCUUGCCCACAGCAACUCAGACUCAAAUGGCUGUAGUUCCUCAAGCUCAGCCAUCAGUCUUGAUGCCUACUCAACAACAACACGUCCCAAAUAAUCAAGUACUGUAUGCUGCACCUGGUGCAAUACCAGUACAGGGUGUGGUCCCUCAAGUGGUAGCACAGAAUCCAAUUCAGUACCAGCCUGGCAUGGUAGCAACAACUCCUGGUGUUCCUGUUGCUGGACAAGUGGAUGUUAAUACAGCUUCAUCGUAUGGUGUACCUGCAGUACAACCAGUGGUAAGUGUCACGUACAGAUGGCCUUCCCUUGAAUUCAGCACUGACAUUAUUAUCCCUAUGUCAUUGAUAGUUGCUCUGGUUUGAUGCAGAUCUAUUGAUGGUUUGGGUUCUGGUGUUACUCAAUGUAGAUUAAGUCAUGUCUUUUGCCUAUUACAAAAUAUUCUAAUCAGAAGACAAUUCUGGCAAACUGCCCACCUACCCUACAUGGUACACUGAUAUAAAUCUUUUCCUUGUAGGCACAGGGAGACCCAUCUGCUAAUGCAACAGUCAGCUCUGGGUAUGUUGUGAUCUCAGCAGAUUCAACCCAACAAAGUGGAUUCUACACUCCACAGGAUUCCCAGUCUUACCCUGUGGUAAUAAUAAUUAUGCAUUAUCAGUUUUUGGCAUUUUAUACUGUCAAAAUAGUAGCUUAAAUAUAUGAUGAAAACAUGGUCCUAUAUGUAAUAAGCAAAAAUUACAAACAAAUUACAUUUUUGUGGUAAUUCUCAGGAAAGGACUGUAAAUACUAUUACAUAUUUGUUAUGUUCUUUUAUUUCAUACUAAUUUGCAGUAAUGGAAACGUUUUGUUUAUGAGGGUAUUAACUAAGCACAAUCAUUAAUAAUUUUUAUAAUUGAAAUUCGGGAUGGCCUCCAAAUAUGACAUGCCUGAUUCUCAGUUUUGUUGUAGAUGUUGAUAAUAACUUUCUUUUGUGGUGGAAUUUCUAAGUUGUUAAUAAUGUAUAUGUCUAUGUUGUUGUUUUCAGCCCCAAUUUACUUUGGCAGGACAGACUGCUGUUCAACAGCCAUUAGUCCAGAUACCUGCCAGUGUCCCUUCAGGAACUGCACUGCAGGCUCAAGCACCAUCCUCACAGCCUUCUGCUGUUCCCAUGGUAACACCACAAACUCAACAAUACCAGUGGUACCAACAAGUCACCCCUGUUGUCAGUAAUCCAGCAGUCUCAACUCCGCAGCUGCUUCAAAACACCUCUUUUCAAGGUAGGCAACAGCUUACCGAAAGUAUGCAUGUACUUUUGCUGUACUGUUAUAGGCUGAGUUUUAACUUUGGAAAAAUGGGAGUUCUCGAGACCUCAGAAGUGCUUCUUUAUGGCUCUUGCCUCAAACCAGCAUAUUACUAACACUCCUACCCUAUUAUAUAAUUUUUUUAAAUUGGGCAUAGAUUAUAGUGAUUCAAAUGGUUUGGAGAAUGAUUAGCAAUCUCAUGGCUUAUCGUCUUACAAGAGAAAGCUAUGAGAAGCUCUAGCUUUGUGAGCCAUCGAUGGCUUGUGAAAAGAGAAAGUUAUUUAAGCUCUUGCUUUGUCAGUCAUCAGCUAUCUUUGGCUUGUCUAGCCUGCGAGCAAGCUCUCCUGGGCACUCUGUUGGCCAGGCGGGAAAAGGAAGGAGAGCUUGCAACUACGUCUCUGGAAUUUGAAUAUCUGCAUUGAAAAAGUUUAUGCAAAAUGCUGAUUGGCGGAGAUGACAUUAGUAAUGACAUCAGUACCUUUGACACGUUAUGUUUGUUUACAUUCUUGCUUGUUCCCACUUCGUGCUGAUUGGCGGAAAUCUAACGGCUCAGUCGAUGGCGAGCCACAGGGAAAUUGGAGGUGGAAUUCAAAUUCCAGAGACAGUUGCAAGCUCUUCUUCCUUUUCCUGCCCCACCAUCAGAGCACCCUGGAGACCUUGCUCACAGGCUAUGGCUUGUCAAUGAAUGAUCACAUUAUUUUUGGUUGUCAUCAGCAGACUCAAAAGCUCUAACUACAUCGCACUAAGGUCCAAAGAAAUUAUUAACCAUACUUACUAAUACUAAAAAUAUAACAUUAUUUGUUAUCUCUUUAGGAGGAACCCAGUGGCCUCAAGGGGAGCUAGUGGCCACACCACAACCUUUAAUGACUGUCCAACCAGGCACUGUUUAUGGACAGUACCCACAACAGACUCCACAAUAUCAGACACAGCAACCACAGCAGACAGCAGCAGUGCCAGCAGCUGAGACAGUGGUUUAUUAUCAACAGCCGCAGGUAUAGAUCUGGAUGUUAUUGCAUUUCUUGGAAAUGCAAGAUUUUUUAUGAUUUCAUGUGGAUUUUCCUGUGCAUUACUAUAGUCACUGAUUUUGAGCUAAGCCAAUUUUUUUCAUCAAGGAUUAAUAAAAACGUAAAAAAAAAGGACGAGGCCAAAAUUGAGCCAUCUUGCUUAAACAAGCAUGGUCAAUUAAGUAGGAAAUCUGCAGUGGCCAAUCAGAACGUAGGACUCACUUCACUUCAUAAAUGUGUAUUCUAUUUAUGGUGUGGAACACAUAACGGAGCAGGGCUCCAAUUUAAGUGUGUUCUGACAGAUAACCCACCCAGCCCAGGAGAGGCUGGCCACAUUACCAAGGUCUACGCCCCCUACCCUUUUCAAACAGUGGCGUGGGUUCUUUUACGUCCCACAAGAACCAGAUAAGUGAAAGUGCAGUGAGAUGGGACCUACGGUUUUUCGUGCUUAUCCGAGAAGACUAGAAAGUCUAAGUGUUUGCAGCUGUCAUUGCAAAGACAGCUUUUUUCUCAGUUAUUUUUCAGACCCUGAGUGUUGGUCUGGCCAGGGUUUAAACCCACGACCUCCCACUCAGCAGUCCGACGCUCUGCCAACUGAGCUAACCAGCUAACUGAUUGUAAACAUCUAUUCCAUAUUCAACAGAUGCAACCACAACAACAGCAGCAACAGCAGCCAGGUGUGAUACCCAAUCUGAUGGAUACUGCACCAGAAGCUCCACAGCCAGGGUACCCUUCUGUUACCCUAGCAACAGGAGUCGCUACUAAUACGUUCCCUAUUUUCCCUAAUGCCAGUGUAGCGCCUCAACAUUCUGCCCCUCCAGUGGUGUACAAUAGUGCACAAGCAUCACAGCUGGUGAGUAAAAUAAGGCAAAAUUGUCCAUUACUCAGAUUGGCAACUGUGUUGGAUUUUUUCAGUAUUAUACCAAACAUUUAAGGAGUGCAGCGAAGCAGAAGACCAGGGGCCCUUUUCUCGAAAGUCCUGGUAGUAACGUUUUAUGCCAGUAGACGCAAAACCCUUUCAAUUUUUAAUGGUAGCAAAAGAAAAAAAAUGUGUUGAUUUCGUCUUGUAAAAUCUUACGAAAUAAAUAGUAACGUGCAAACAUUCUGCAAAAAUGGUUUUAUUUCCAUAGGAUUUCGUCCACAGAUAUGAAAGUAAGGCCUUUCCACAACCUAGAAAUGAUAUCCUCUCUGGCCAUAACGUGGUCCAGGAGUAAAAAGGUUGAAGGAAAGCUAACUCUAAAAUGUGAUUUGCUAACUUAGAAUUUCAUGACGUGAAUUCCAGUGUCAAUUAUUACUUUUUAAAUCUUAAUGCAUACGUCACACUUACUAAAUACGGAGCAAGAAAAGUUUGGGAGGUUUGGGGAAACGGGCUCCUGAUGAGAAGCAGCUUAGAGACAGAAGAAAUUUCAAUAAUCUUUUCCUUCAUUUUAAAGCUGAUAAUGCAAAAAUAAUGAACAUCUGAUGCUUUACAAAGGUUGCCGGACCAGGUGGGCCUCCACAGCUGAGUCAGAAGAGAGCUGCUGAUGGAGAUCCUGGACAGCAAGGACCAGCUAGCUUCUAUGAUGCCAACAAACGACUGCGAUUCUAGGAGUGGUGACACUGAAUAAUAAUUCUUCAUAUAAGCCAUUUCCAUAAUGUAUUUUCUUGUCAUGUCAUGUCAUGUAUUGAGCCAUAGGUCAUGAUAAUAGCAAUAUUUUAAAGUCACACGUAAUACUGAUAAGCCCUUACAAGUUAAUACGUCAAGUACUUGGAUGCCACGUAACCAGAAACCAAGGGUCCUAGCCACAUGUUUUCUUACUGAACUAUUGCUUGGUCAUCUCUCCAUUACCCUUGAAUCUCAUAUUCUAGUACAAAUAUACUGUAAAUUCCGAAAAUAAGCCCCUCCAAAUAUAAGCCCCCCAAACCGGUAAUGCAAAAAAACCCUCCGUUAAAUCGCCCCUCCAAAUAUAAGCCCCCCGGGGGCUUGUACUUGGAAAAUUGCCCUCAAAUACAAAGUAAAACAAAGCAAAAACGGUAAAUUUACUUCCAACAAUAAGGCUAGCCCAAUCGAUUUUGAAACGCAAGUUUCCCUCCGUAGAUAAGCCCCUCCAAAAAUAAACCCCUCAAAAAGGGCCUUUGAAAAAUAUAACCCCGGGGGCUUAUUUUCGGAAUUUUACGGUACUCCCUUUUCUAUUUCUCACGGAAUUAAUACGUUUUUGUAAGCAUUAGUGGAUAAAAACCAAGAGACUCAUCAACUUUUAGGAUGUUCACUUCGGCUAAAGUAUCUUUAUUUGUUAUAACCACAUCAUAACAAGUUUAAUACGACACUAACCACUACUGAAUCUUCAAAGUUACGAGGUCAUUAACCUCUCAAGCUCAUGGAUACUUAAUGAAGAGAAAACAAACGAAAUCAAACGGUGUGCGAAAUUUUGCUUAAAUUUAUUUUAAUAGUUAUUGAUCACUUGACAAGUUGUGUUAAACACAAGACUCAAUGUUUCAUCCAGUAAUCAUAUGUUCCCACGUCUGUUUUUAAAAAUUGUUCUGCGACUGCGGCUGUACUACAUCAAACACGAGAGAGAAAGUUUCGUUUGUUUUCUCCUCGUGAAUUACUGAUGGUUUAAAGAAAACCAGUCGAUGAAUACUACAUAUACUGUAAGAAAGCUGGCUGAACUAGUCAGUUGUAUCAGACAGAUAAACACUUGUUUUCCAAGUCUUAUUAGAGCGGUUUUCUAGUGUUGGAAGUCGUUUUACGUGUUGUUUGUUUUUGCUCAAUUACACUUGUCCAGUCGCCUUAACCUUUUUUGCCACUCUUUCUAAGGUUUAGAGCCGGCUUCUUGAACUUGAUCCAGCUUCUAUCGGUACACUUAAUUAUAUGCAAGCACUGGGUUAUUAAGGGAGAUUACUCUGGAUGUACAGCACUUUUACAUUUUAAAACCGCUCUAAUACCUAGCAUUUAAUGCUAAAAUGAUAUUGCCCAUACUUAAAUGAUUCAUUUGCUCCUAGGCUCAGUACCGUUUUAUUCGUGUUUUAAAUUUUAUUUUUCAUUGUACCAAACUGAUUAUCAUUCAUUACCAUACUAAGCAGCAAAGAAAAAUAGAUUUUUUGCUAAGGACAUGGAUGAACCACAACGGUAAGCACUUAACAACGAAAAAUGUGCUUGAAAUAAGAGGAAUAUCAUUAUUUGUGUACUGAGAAAAAGCUUCAUGGAGUUGUUACCGUCAAUGCCCCCCACCGAUUAUGAGGUUAUGUUAACAUGUUACAACUUAAUGUAGAACCAUUACCAUUAGCCUGCGAAAACAUCCGUUUCUUCUCGCUCUUCGCCACUGGGGACGUUUCGCGUGGAGAAACGUCUGACAGAAAUUGCAUAGUGAUGACGCAAAAUCUGUCCGAAAUCCGGUCAGAAGCGCUGAUUGGUCGACGGAGUAGUUACAUUGUUUUAGCUAUUGUUUAAGAAUGACAGAUAUAAUACAAAAGGCUACAAAGGUCAAAUGUAAACGCGAAGAAUCUCUGACAAAACAGUCAAUAUUUGUAGAAUACAGUGUUCUCUAGAAGAAGCAUUUGAGUUUUGCUGGAGCUCGUCGGCACAUGAACACAACACUUUACCAAAAUCGACCAGAAGACACGUAGAAUUCAGCAAAUUGGACAAAAUUAUAUUUGGAACCUUAUGACUACCGGAUUUAUUAUGUAAACAUUGAUUUGCGUCAUCAGUAUGGAAUUUCUGCCGCCGAGUCGCAGACGUUCCUCCUCGCGAAACGUCCCCAGCGGCGAAGAGCGAGGAGAAACGGAUGUUUUCGCAGGCUACAUUACCAUGAUAAUUCAUGUAACAAUUAAGAGCUCUUUUCAAUCAGCUAUCGAUGUCGUAGUUUUUAUCUCUUGAGAUUCAAUUACUGUCCCAUGUGAUUGGCUGAAAAAUCUCGCGCCACUUCCUCAACCAAUCAGAAGUAAGGCAAAACCAACCGUGAGUUUGUCCCGCAUGCGCCUUCCCGCGCUUGAUACCGGCUAUGUAUUUUCCCACCCAUGGCACUGGCUGAAUGCACUUUCCUUAGUUUUGAUUGGUCAUUGGAUUGGCGUUUGUUGUGAAUGGUUCUAGUUUUACAACACGUGAUUGAAAGCCACGUAGUUAUAUACCCACUAUAUGUUUUACAAAGAACACGACCUCUAGUAGCAGGAUGGAUAGUGUUAUUUGUGUACCAUCUUUUUCGUUGUAAGGUAAUGUGACCAUUAUAUAACGGUUAACAUUUUACUUGUUUAACUAAAAAGGGAAAUUUCCAUGAGAUCAUAGUCAUAGACCAUGCAAGUGUGUAGCAGUAAUCAUGUAAUACCCAUGCCAAAUAAACAAAUCAACCUUCGUCCAGAUGCCAAUUCUCUGACAACAAGAGAAAUUAACAUAUUUACGCCCAAGUACAUCGGAAUACACGAAAAACAAGACCAGAG